AGGCCGGGCCUCCCUCGGGAGACUCUCGUCCCUCUACUGCCAGCUUGUCGUAGGCUUGUUCGAAAGGGGGAAAUGGAGGCACACACAAGAAGGGGAGGGAGAAACUGCUAACACUCAUUCACAGGACCCAACCGAGUGUUUGUAGCGCUUAGAUGUGUCCGUUUGUUAGUGUGACCGAGUGUACGCUGUGUAUAGUGCGCUGGGAAAAUGUGAGCUGGUUCCCCAGAACGCAGGGUUCCUGUUUUCGAGGAACUUACUUUCCAGGCGAGGUAGAAUGUGUAUGUGGCAUAUGGUAAUCAGAGGUCUCAGGAGGAGUAAAGAGAGGUGCUGUUGGCAGCAGCAGUCUGCACAAAAGCAGGAAAGGCUAUUGUUUCACGACAGUUUGUGGAGAUGACCCGAACCCGGAUUGAGGGCUUAUUAGCAGCUUUCCCAAAGCUCAUGAACACUGGAAAACAGCAUACGUUUGUUGAAACAGAGAGUGUAAGAUAUGUCUACCAGCCUAUGGAGAAACUGUACAUGGUACUGAUCACUACCAAAAACAGCAACAUUUUAGAAGAUUUGGAGACCUUAAGACUCUUCUCAAGAGUGAUUCCUGAAUAUUGCCGAGCCUUAGAAGAGAAUGAAAUAUCUGAGCACUGUUUUGAUUUGAUAUUUGCUUUUGAUGAAAUUGUUGCCUUGGGAUAUAGAGAAAAUGUUAACCUGGCACAGAUCAGAACCUUCACAGAAAUGGAUUCUCAUGAGGAGAAAGUGUUCAGAGCAGUCAGAGAGACUCAAGAACGUGAAGCUAAGGCUGAGAUGCGGCGUAAAGCAAAAGAAUUACAACAAGCCCGAAGAGAUGCAGAGAGACAGGGCAAAAAAGCACCAGGAUUUGGGGGAUUUGGUAGCUCUGCAGUUUCUGGAGGCAGCACAGCUGCCAUGAUCACAGAGACCAUCAUCGAAACUGAGAAACCAAAAGUGGCACCUGCACCAGCCAGGCCUUCAGGCCCCAGCAAGGCUUUGAAACUUGGAGCCAAAGGAAAGGAAGUAGAUAACUUUGUGGACAAAUUGAAAUCUGAAGGUGAAACUAUCAUGUCCUCUAAUAUGGGCAAACGUACCUCUGAGACAACCAAAGUUCAUGUUCCACCUGUUAAUAUGGAGAGUGUGCAUAUGAAGAUUGAAGAAAAGAUCACUCUAACCUGUGGACGAGAUGGAGGACUACAGAAUAUGGAGUUGCAUGGCAUGAUCAUGCUUAGGAUCUCAGAAGACAAAUUUGGCCGAAUUCGUCUUCAUGUGGAAAAUGAAGAUAAGAAAGGAGUGCAGCUACAGACCCAUCCAAAUGUGGAUAAAAAACUUUUCACUUCAGAGUCCCUAAUUGGCUUAAAGAACCCAGAAAAGUCAUUUCCAGUCAAUAGUGAUGUAGGGGUGCUAAAGUGGAGACUACAAACCACAGAGGAAUCUUUUAUUCCACUGACAAUUAAUUGCUGGCCCUCAGAAAGUGGAAAUGGCUGCGAUGUCAACAUAGAAUAUGAGCUACAGGAAGAUAAUUUAGAGCUGAAUGAUGUGGUUAUUACCAUCCCACUCCCAUCGGGUGUUGGUGCUCCUGUGAUUGGUGAGAUCGAUGGAGAAUAUCGACAUGACAGUCGACGAAAUACCUUGGAGUGGUGCCUGCCAGUCAUUGAUGCCAAAAAUAAGAGUGGCAGCCUGGAAUUUAGUAUUGCUGGGCAGCCCAAUGACUUCUUCCCUGUUCAAGUUUCCUUCAUCUCCAAAAAGAAUUACUGUAACAUACAGGUUACCAAAGUGACCCAGGUAGAUGGAAACAGUCCGGUCAGGUUUUCCACAGAGACCACUUUCCUAGUGGAUAAGUAUGAAAUCCUGUAAUACCAAGAAGAAAGAACCGAAAAGGAAAAAUUUCAAAUUAAUAGAAAAGCCAAAAAUGGCUGAAGAGUUUUUCCAAAUUUACAAGCCAUUGGAGACCCUUUUUUUUUUUCUGAUACAAUGCACAUCUUCUGUGCAAGGACCCUCAACUCAUCCCUAGUGUUUCAGUGUCACAGAGACAUUCUUUGACAGAGAAAUGACACAAACAUAAAGGGAAAGGCUGCUCAUUUCUUUGGCAGAUUUUACUGGCUAGCAGGAAAGCAAGCUCUCCAGAGAAUGCCCCCAGUAAACACCUCCUCUGCCUUUGCCUAAAUUGCUCCUUUAUUUUAAUCCCCAAAUACAAUUAUAUUUCAUACUUUGUUUUUAAAGUUUUUUUUCUGUAGAUUUUAAUCUUUCAUACAUCUUUGUUUCCUUUCCAUACAUUCAAUCAAGCACUGGGAUCAUCUGUAUAUAGGCAUUGUGUUUGACCUCCUGGAACAAGAUCAUCUAAGCUGUUCUUGAUUUUUGGACAAUAUAGGUGAACUGUUUAAGGGGUCUGGAGUAUAGAAGUUAAAAGAUAAAAUUGACUCUUGUUUCUUCAUGUCCAUUCAUCCCUCCAUUACUUUGCCAAGCCUUUCUCCUUUUAAGGUCUGUCCUUGCAGUAGCACUGUUGAGUACUUAAAGUUUUGUGAGUCCCAUUUGUGUUGUAAUUAAGGAGAAACAGCUUUCAAAUGAAUUUGGUCCAUCUUCAGGAUGUCUAGGCAAAGAAUGGUUAUGGCCACAUGGACUGUCACUUCUGUUGGUAGUGCUGUCCAGACUUUCAGUUCUCCACAUUUUGGGUGCUUGAGCUGAAACAUAAAUAAUAGCCCAGUUUUGUGUCUGUUCACAUUCCUUAGGCUCUCCAUCUCCCUCUCCUAGCCACUCUUUUCAUCAGCCCUUCCUUUCUAGCAGAAACACAGUUAGGAUUUUGGAGGCCAUGGGUCAGUGAGUGUUUUUGCCAGUCCUAUCCUUAACCUUCCUAACGUCAAGUCCCUCCUGAAUUAUCAAGGAAAAUCCAUUUCCCCUGCUA